UGUAAUUUUGAGAUAAGGUAUGAGAUUGGCAAUGUUUUUAAAAUUUACCUGCUGAGAAAGUAUGUAACCCCUGCGGAUUGGUGUUAGUAAUCAUUGGCCGCUGUUGUGGUUAGGAGUGCAAUUGCAAAGUUCCUCUGUAAGACGGCUGUUAUCCUACGGUUAUGUAUGUAUUUCAGGUUGAUGUGUUGUCUUUGUAAUAUGUCAUGGAGAAUAUAAUAGGAAUAGAACUCAGCAUGAGAUUUCCUUGUCAUGAUUGAAAUCAUUUUCAUUCAUGUAGUUAUUUGUCCAUAAGACGUUAGGGUGUUGUCCGUUACAGUGGUGUGUGUGCAUGGUUGUUUGGACUUAUAAAAUUUGUAGUAUAAUUUGACAAGAACUUUCAUCUGCGGAGUCAUUGAUCGUAACUUGUUGAUCGCCUUUCAUGUUUUCAGCCUAGAACUAUGAACCGAUAACUCCGAUGGAUUUCAAUGGGAUGUUUGGAGCCGAAGUGGAACUGUCAGAUGACAACAGCUCGGAUGGAUAUUGUGGCCGUUAUUAUGCGAGUGACGAUGAAGGUGAGGAGGACGAAGGUGGUCAGGACUGCGGUGGUGAGGAAGGUGACCCAACAGGUCGCAAAGAAGAUGAACAUGGUAACUUCUCAGGUGGUGCCAGUCAUGCAGGGGAUGGUGGGAAAAAUCGGCCGGUUGUGGCAGAGGAUUUCCUAGGCAUGGAGUUUGUUGGCGAGCAGGAUGCCUACCUUGCGUACAAGGAGCUCGCUAGAACUAGGGGCUUUGGGGUUCGCAAGGGAGAUGUGGGGCGUGUUGAUGGGGUUUUGGUCAGGAGAGACUUUUUCUGCCACCGCCAAGGCACAAGACAUCAUAAGCACUAUGAUCGUCCUGAGCGAGUUAGGGAGGAGAGAUUGGAGAGUCGAAUUGACUGCAAGGCGAAGUUGAAGAUUUACUAUGAUGUGCAACGCAGUGUGUGGAAGGUCAGGACUAUCUUCGAUGAGCACAACCACGAGCUUGCUCCGGCCAUGUUUUCCCACCUCUUGCCUAGUCAUCGCAAGAUGAGUAACGGUGACAAAGCGCAAGUUGAUAGCAUGAAGAAGUUUGGGAUACCAACCUCGAAGAUAAUGGCUUAUAUGGCUGGUCAAUCUGGAGGGUAUGGAAUGCUGCAAUUUACAAAGCGUGAUUUGUAUAAUUACGUACACGGGCAAAGGCUAGCCCGAAUCAAUGAUGGCGAUGCUGCAGCAACAAUCAGUUACUUGGAGGGCAAGGCGAAUGCCGACAUGACGACUGUCGCCCGUUACACGCGAACUGCGGAUAAUCGGCUAGGGAGCAUUCUCUGGGUCGACGGUGAGAUGAUGUCGGACUAUCAGUUAUUUGGAGAUGUUAUGGCUUUUGAUUCGACUUAUCGGUCUAAUAAGUACAAGAAACCGCUUGUAGUGUUCUCAGGGUCAAAUCACCACAAACAGACAGCCAUUUUUGGAUUUGCGCUACUGGAGGAUGAGGAAGUUCGUACUUACCGGUGGUUGCUAUUAAACCUUGUAGAUGUAAUGGGAGAGAAGAUGCCAUGCGUUGUUGUCACGUAUGGGGACAAAGCAAUGCGCACAGCCAUCGCGGAGGUGUUCCCGGCAGCUAGGCACCGGCUGUGCGGGUGGCACUUGGAGAAAAAUUGUGUUCAGAGGGUUAAGGAUACUGAAUUCCGGAAGGUCUUUAAGAAGGCUAUGUAUGUCAACUUCGAGGAAUAUUGGAAGAAGGCGGUGGAGUCACUUGGGCUUCAAAAUAAUAGUUGGGUUCAAAGCACGUACGAGCUCAAAGAGAGUUGGGCAACAGCAUAUCUCCGGGGCACGUUCUGUGCGGGAUACAGGACAACCUCCAGGUGUGAGGGAAUUAAUGCAUACAUAAAGGGGUUCCUGAAAUCCACUGAUAGCAUUUUGGAGCUGGUGCACAGCUUAGAUCGCGUUGUAAAGGAUUAUCGAAAUAAUGAAGUCACGGCACAGUUCUAUUCUACGUAUUAUAGCCCCGUGUUAACAACCGGGCUUGACUCCAUUGAGCUUUUUGCAUCAAAACUGUACACGCGGGCAGUUUUUAGAGAGGUGAAGAAACAAAUCAAGGGUGUUGCGACCUUGCUGUUUCGUGGGAGAGAUAGCAUCAGCACAACGGUUGUCUACAAGUUUUCAAGGAUGGGCGCCCCUGGUACGAUUCACAAGGUUUUGUUCGACCCCGAUGACAAGAAAAUUCAGUGCGACUGUUCGAUGUGGAAUAGCGAGGGUAUUCCAUGUAGUCACAUUUUCUGCGUGAUGAAAUACGAGGGUUUGGAACAAAUACCGGACAGUCUUAUAUUGAGAAGAUGGUGCAAGGAUGCAAAAGAUUCUAGCCGGAUGCCGGUGAUUACGAGACCUGGACACGAGGGUCGCAUGCUUAGGUAUGCCGCACUUUGUUCGGCUACAAGCUUGGUCGCCAGACUUGGUUCGGAAGAGGUGGAAGACUUUGAAUUCGCCAGGGAAAGCAUCGCGAGUGUAUUAGAAAAGCUACGUCACCGAAUUUAUGAGAGGGCAGGUGGUCAGCCCGGUAUGUCGGCAUGGAGCCCAAUGAAGGAUCCGGUUGUUGCAAGAACAAAAGGUGCCCCUAAGAGGAAGAAGGAUUUUGACCCAGGCAGUCAACCAGAUGUCCGAGAGAAGAGACGUUGCUGCACCAAAUGUGGCAUCCCAGGGCAUACAAAGAGGACAUGCAGCGGGGACUGUGCACGAGGUGUGUCCGGGGUAGGUAACGGGGUCUCGCCAACAGUUGGAAAAGGUUCGCUUCACGGCCCUUCAGCAUCUUCAGUGUCGCAACCGACCGAGCGCGGUUAUGCGUUUGAGGAUCAAACCUCGACUCAAGGCGAAGGUGGUCUCAAUAACGUGUCUAGCGCAGCGAUGAAUACAUCCUCCAUGGUGAAUCGGAGCGGUAGUCCAUCUUGGCGUCCUCCAUUCUGUGGCGGGGGAAGUGGGGGGACCUUCUUCCUUGGGGGCCAACACAUCCACCAAUUCUAUGCAUCCCAACCUUGCUCUGGGCACCAAAGCGAACCACCGCCGCACGAAGGCCACUGCAAUACGUCGACUCCGACAAGGGCAACGAAUGAAGACUUGUUUGAACGGUGGCUGCUCCAGGUACGCGGGUUCUCGUGAGAUGUACUCCGAUUUUUUCUACACUGCUGUUUUAGUCAUUCUGAUCUGUCGACUAAACCAUGUGUUUGUUGUUGUCAAACAGAAUGUGAUUGGUCCUUCCUCCUCGCAUAGUCAUAAACAUCAUUUGCCCUUUGACGGAAAUAACCCUAUACAUAUUUUUCAACCUCAUUGGAACUAAAUUAGUAUGACCAUGAGGUCUUCAUAUUUGUGGCGGGAAACCACAUUAGCCAGGGAUGAAAUAGUCUUUUCACAGGGAUCACAAUCCAAUGCGUGUUACAGUACAAACAAUGUGUUGUCCAUCAUGCUAUCGUGUCAUACCUGCUUUAACAAAAAACACACACGGCACAAGACGAGGCCGUGUAGGACCUCCUAGGACCCGCAACUUGACCCAAUUAUACAUGCAUCACGAGGCUGGCUAAUAUGAGAUGCACAAUGUAGAGAGUCAUUGUUAUGAUCGGGGCAAAUUCGUCCGUCCAAAAAACUGCCUAACCAAGUGGCACUAUAAAUAUCCCCCAAAGGCUUCCACACCACAAUGCAUCACACAAAGCCCUUCAGGGUUAGAGUAGAAGAGAGGCUUAGAGAACCUCCAAAACCAUGGCACUCCAUAAUGGGGAGAGUCUCACCCGACUAAACAAACACACACGUUACAAAUACCUGUUAGGCAGACACAUAAAGCCCUUCACACAUAAAGCCCUUCAAUAUUUUCUUGGGAUUGGGUGGCAUUGGGAACAAGCACAUGAAUCACUUACCUAUCUUAUUAUGUCCGAACCAUUAAUGGGUGCAUGCCUCGGCAAAUUUCACAUUUAAGAAGGCCGGGGUGACUUGCAAGAAUGCCGCUCUACCAGUGUGUUUAGCGUCAGUGAAUGCAAGUUUAUCGACUCCCUGCAAUAAGUUGUCACCUCGAGUGAGCGACGUUGUUGAAUAGCAACCGGUGACGAUAAUAAUCUCUUGGUGUAUCUCGAGUUGAGAGCAUUUACUUUUAUUUCUCUCAAUAAUUCUUACUAGUAUAGGUUUUUCACUA